GAGGAAAGUAAAAGAAGCCCUUCCCCGCUACAGUAUUCCUUUUCUUUUCUUUUACUCCCGACAGGAAAAUUCAUGUCUGAUCUUCUUCUUCUCCAUCCGAGACUUUAGUGGAUGCUCUUUCUCUUUGCUCGCUACUUUUUUUUUUCUCCCCCCCCCUGCCCCCGGUACCUGUGGAGGUUCCCGGCUUCUCCAGUUUUCCCCAAAUCCGGUCGUCACGCUGAGCGCAGCCCCGCAGAGAGAGAGAGAGAGCGAGAGCGAGAGCGAGCGAGGCGGCAUGCUGGGAUUAGACGUGUGUGAGUUUGGGGGUCAGGUGCUGGAGCUGCUGUGGCUAACCAUGUGCUACAGAGGUUUCAUGCUGGACAAGAAGGACUUGGCUUUGGAGGAGAACGACGAAGAGGACGAGAGGAACCUCAACUACAACCCUCCAGCCCAGAAGACCUUGCAGGAGAUUCAGGAUCUGGACAAAGACGACGAGAGUCUGGUGAAAUAUAAGCAGACGCUCCUGGGGACGAAACGAAUGGUGGUGGCAGACAUCUCUGGUCCGAAUGUCCAGGUGACCAAGCUGACCCUGUUGUGUAAUGACGGCCCGGGAUCGAUUCCCAUCGACCUCACAGGAGACCUGAACAGCCUGAAGGAGAAGACAUUCACCCUAAAGGAAGGCGUCAAAUUCAGGCUAAAAAUACACUUCAAGGUGAAUAGAGAAAUUGUGGCAGGCUUGAAGUACCAUCAUGUGAGCUACAGAAAAGGAAUAAAAGUGGACAGGGUGUCCUACAUGGUGGGGAGCUACUGUCCCCGCGAGGAGGAGCACGAGUUUGUGUGCCCGGCUGAUGAGACGCCUCAAGGCUUGGUGUCCCGCGGCCUCUAUCAGAUCAAGUCCUGCUUCACCGACGACGACAAGAACGUCUACUCGGCCUGGGACUGGAACCUGGAGCUCAAGAAGGACUGGGACGAGUAGAGGUGCUCUAUUCUUUUUCUUCUUCACACUCGCCUCGCUUCGGAAAGACCGGAUGCUCGAUUGCCUCUUUCUCUUUGCAUUAAAUCCCCAGUCCGCAUCUCAUACACUGUGAAAUAUCCAUACCAUAAUGUCCUUCUUCAUGUCGUUAUCAUAUAAAUUCACGUAGCAGCAGUGGACGUCAUGCAGCUGCAGGCAAAAUGAGAAAUUACAUGUGAGAAAAUAAGACAAAAUAUGUAUUAUUGCGCUUGUUUACUCUGGCCUACGUAUAUAUUUACUGAUUCCCAACCUUUCUUGAGCUAACUUAAGAUUAAUCUCACCAGUUAAUUACAUACAUACUCACACGGGUUGGGAAUGACUUGACUACACAAAUCGAUAAAUCACAAUGUCCAGGUUUACAAACAUACAAUACGCGCACAGCACAGAGCAGCACAAAGUUCAACGCAAACAUGGAAUACUUUCCUUAAAAACAUGCACAAUAAACUUGCGCUGAAAUAUUAGCCAGUUUUGUAACUUAAACCGUAGACUAGAGGGAAUUAUUCUUAGUAAACACGUGUAGUAUAGAAGAGUACCGAGCUAUGAUCCGACUUCAAGUAGAAUAUUAACGGGGAACAUCUCUGACAAUGUGCACUAUUUUAUUUUAUUUUUUUUGCGACGAAAAACGCAAAAAGCGGCGAUACCGUGUAUGAUAUUGUAGAAAGAAAUGCAUGUUUGUUCUUGAGGAUUUGAUACGAUUCACAUGUUGACCACGGGAAAAAACACCGGCCGCAACAUUAGGUACACGCAGACGCUAUAAUUGCAUCCAAAACGACAAAUGAUUAUUAGAUUGUGUACCUAAUGUUAUUGUGUAUAUAAGCAAUUUUCAUAUAUUAUAUAGGGCUGAUUGAUUGAUUCCCUGUAGGAAAAGGGAAUAUUCAUCAACGUAUCAAACAGCAUAACGUCAUUAAUGCUGAACAUAAGAACGCUAAUUCCAAACCGUAGUCAUCAUCUACGCAUAACUGUAAACGUUAGCUUGUUGGGUGUUGCAUGCUUUAGCAAGACUAUCUAUAGUGUCGUUUUUUUUAUUACAAUUUUCUUGUAAAAAUGUGGUUGAGCAAAAAAAAAAAAAAAAAAACACUGUGGCUUAUCCAGAUGUGGAAAGUUGAGUACAGAUUUGAAUUGAUCUGAAAAGCAGGGGCAGCCGUCAAAAGUCUGUAAUGUUCGAUAUUGGUGUCACAUCUUCUCGUAGUCUGUAUCUUUUAAUAAAGGAAA